CUGCUUGUUGCUACCGUUGGCGUGAGCGAGCUAGUCGGGGCCGUGAGCACAAGGAGCGAGGCUUGGAAACCCCGUGCGGGGCGGGGAUUCAGCGUUGCGGGUCUUCCCCCGCAUUUCGUUCCACCCAGUCGCGCCCGCAGGCCGCUCACGUGCCCGAGCUGGGGGCGGGGGGAGAGGGUCACGUGUUUCACACGUGGCUCCUGCCCCUCACGCGGCGCUGGCGAGUUGCUGCGGGCGCGCUCCCGGCUCCGCGCUCCCAGCCCCCCUCGUGCCCGUUGGCUUUACCAGUUGCUCGCUAGCGGCCCUGUUCCCCGCUGGGCGGUUUCCCGCCUGAUUCCCCUGCCCCUCCUCCCUCCCCUGCCCGCGGCCUUUCCGGCCUCUUCCUGUCUCAGCUGCUGUGCGGCCUCCGGGCUGGGCUCCCCCGCGUGGCAGACCUGGGCGCCAUGGGGCCGAGCGCGUUUCGGGCCCGCCUAUGGCUGUUCGUGCCGCCCGUGUCAGACCCUGACGCCUCGCUUUGCCGACGAAUCCAGGCCUCGCCUGGCGCCUGCAGCGCGCUAGGCAUUGGGCCGGCCACUUGCAGCCCUGGCCUGAUCCCAAGGCCGCGAGUGGCCAGGCUUGGCCGUAGUGCGAGCGCGUGUGUUGGCUGAAGGCUCGCUGCGGCCCGGUGCGGGGCCCCUCUCAGCUGGCACAGACCCUGUACUCCCUUUCCGGCUCUCUGACAGCUGUAGGGUCUGCCGCAUUGAUUUUAGUGGGAGCUAGUUGGGGGCCUGGAGCCGGCCGAGGGGGAAAAGACACCAUGCAAUAGCCAACUCUUGAAGCAAAAGUUGUUUUCAGAGCUGUAAAUUCCAGAUGUUAAAGGUGACUGGCAAGCCACCUCUUCAGGGUGCCAUCAAUUGCAGCAGUAUGUGGUGGAGGCCCCAGUAGUCAAGCAGAAGGGGGCGCAGGCAUGGAACCUCUUGCAAGAAAGAUCUUCAAAGGAGUUCUACUUUUGGAAGUGGCUGGGGUCGCUGGAGCAUAUUUACUAUUUUACAGAAUGGACACAAGUCAAGAUUUUAGGCAUACAAUGAACAGGAGAUUUCCAUCCAUUCUGGAGGUUUAUUACAAAAGCAAUGAAUGGGCUGGAGUUUAUGGAAUAAGGGAGAACGACCGACUGAAAUGGCUAAGCGGCAAAAAUUAGAAGCCUUUGUGUUUGAACUGUUUUUUCUUCUUGAUAAUAUUUUUCACAUCUCUGUUGUGAAGCCAGUUGUCACGCUCUGCUUCCCACUUGAGCUGUUUGAUACCUACAAGGGAAGAGGAGGAACAUGACAAAUAAGAGGUGGUGGAUAACUGAUGUAUUCUUUGAACACUGUUUGGAAUUUGAAUAAUCUACCCCCAAAUUCAUAAAACACCAAUAAAGUGUGAACUAUUGGAUUUUUCACCUCAGAAGAAAUUUUUCCAUUAUGCAAAAACUGUUAUACUUGAAACCUUUUAGGCCUGUUUCAAAGGCACAAAUUUUAGAAUUGCUUUCAUGGAUCCUGUGUUAGUUUGCAUUAACACUCAAUGUUUAGGAUGGCAGCCAUCAAUUUUUUUUAGACCAGAGAAAUGAGUAUAAUUAAUGCUUUAUCUAUUUGAUUAAUCCCAUUUUGAAAAGUAGAUAUUUUUACAGAUUUAGAUUUGUGGGGGAAAACUGUUUUUGCUUCAUAUACACCAAAGCUGGGGAGUGGUGUGUUUAGCUAAACCUUGGUUACAUCAACUUUUAUAUCAGAAAAAUUCCCAUCAGGGAGAAAGUUAAAUUACCUAAUUCUAAAUUAUGUAUUUAAUGAUGCAAGUCAAAAGCUGCACAUCAUUUUGCAAAAUGCUUGCAAGUGCUGUGACUAAGUACAAUUAAAUCUAGACUAGGGUGAGAGUCCUUAAAAACAAGUACAGUUGUAUUAUACAUCAUGUAUCUACAUAAAGUUAUACUGGAGCAGUGGCUGAAUUAUUUUUUGUGGAUUUAAGUUAACUCAUUUUAAAAUGGAAUACACAGUUUUAUUUUUAAAAAUAACUAAGCAAUGACAUUUUUUCUUAAAAUUGUCUUAAGGAUUGUGCAUAGGUACCUAUUCAAAUAGCGUAAGGGUAUAGUUUGUUUAUAGAACAUGUAACUGCACUUACUUGCAUUAUCUUUGUUAGCCAUUGCAUUCAUACCAAUGUUGUCAAACUUGGACUUAACAUUUUCAUCCAGAAGAGUGCCAAACUUUAAAGAGAGACAAAUAUUAGUAUUUUCUUUAUGGAAAAUAUAUUCAGGCAAAAUGUGAGAUCAAGCAUUUUUUCUUAAUUGAUCAGAUUUACCUCUUCUGCAGCAGCAAGCAUGCCCAUGUCUUUGAGUUUUCUUUUCUUUUGCUGCUUUGAUCCUUCAAAUAGAAAAAAAUUAGUGAAAAUUGUAAUCAGCUAAAAUUCUACAUUUUCCUAGGCACCACCACCAGACAAAAAAGUUCAUCCUUUAAUAACAUUGUCCAAAGUAUCUGAUUUCUAUUAAGGCUCCUAGAAAAGCAUUUAAGUGUCUAGAAUGUAACUAGAAGAUAGAGGAUUUCUCUAUCAUUUCAUUGCAGGGAGAGAUGUGUGAACAGAUCGCUUAAUAAUGUAAUAGCAACCUACAGACCCAAUCAGGAUUAAAGCCCCCUAGUGCAAGGUGUUGUACGAAGACAUAGUCCCUGUCCUGUUCAGUUUACAGUUCAAGUGACAGAUGAAGGGUCAAGGACUACAAUCCAAAAUAUAAUAAAAUGAAAGUGUUAACAUGUUUAUGAAAGCUGUAUAAAUACUAAUUAUCUGAUAUUUCCAUCUGUCCCUUAAGCAGUCAUUAAUUGGCUGACUUCUAAUCAAUGCUGCAGCAGAAAUGGGUCUUAAGAGUAAUACUCUUCUGGAGUCAUUCAGGGAGACUUCAAUAGCACUGAUUAGCAUCCAGAAGGAACUGAUCUCACAAAAAUGGUCUGCUAGCAUUUGUUACAAAUACACUUGAAAGUUUUAAAAUCUACAUAGUUUAGUAUAAAAAAAAAUGGGGAUUAGUUUCUCUGAAAGAAGGGAUGGCUGAUAAGAUUGGGGAUUGUGUGCCAGUAUUUUUUUCCUCCUCAAAAGGAUUGCCUCAGUAGAAGCAUACAGAAUCAGAGCCUAAUGGCUAGGGCCUUACCAAAUUCAUGGCCAUGGAAAUCUGGUCUUUUGUGUGCUUUUACCUGAUACUCCCCUGUAAAAUCUGUAUAAACCAGUGUUUCUCAAAUUGGGAGUCCAGAACCAAAAAGGAGUUGCAGGAGGUCACAAGGUUAUUUUAGGAGGUUGUGGUGUUGCCACCCUAACUUCAGAGCAGGGCAGCUGGAGAGUGGCUGCUGCUGGCCAGGAGCGCAGCGCUGAAGUAAAGGGGGCAAUACCACACCGUGCCACUCUUACUUCCGUGCUGCUGCUGUCAAAGCUGGGGAGCGGCAGCUGCUGACUGAGGGCCGAACAGUUUUGUUGGGAGUUACGAACAACCUCUAUUCCCGAGCUGUUCAUUACUCUGAUAUUCUACUGUAUGUUUUUAGCUCUCAAAUUUUAAGGGGGUGGGAUAUGUUGACUCUUUAACACACAUCUUUUAACCAGUGUUAGAGUUAUCUAAUUAAAAAUUCAGGUUUUGAUGACUGGAAAGCUGGAGAAAUAACAUCACAAGAACUAGGAUUUUUAAUGUACACAAGCAGAUUUAAAAAACAACUUUAGGUAAACUUUGUCAACAAAGUAGCAAAAAAAGGGUUCAACCUUUUUUGCAGGUUGUUUUUCAGAUCUAAAGCAGUGGACACUCGGACCACAGUGAUUAAAGAGCCACAGUAGUGUGAAUUCAUUGUUUCAUUUACAAUAGUACUGUAUAUUCAUAUUUAAAGAGACAAAAUAUUUAGUUUUAUAUUCUCACAGCAAAAUGACUAAGUAUUUUAUCAACUACAAUGGGUUAAUAUAAUGAACGCAUCCUGAUUGCAGAACAUAUUAAAACCCUGAUUUAAUUAAUCAAAGAGCCACUUGUAGUUCCCAAGCCUCAGUCUGAAUAUCACUGAUCUAAAGCAACAGCUGAUGCUGUAGGGGUUUUUCUGAGUGGGAGUGGUAAAGACUACAUUCCCCUUCUCCUCCCCCCCCAUUAAAUUCAUCCAUUCACUCACUUUUCAUGUCUAAAACUCAAUUUAUAUCAAAUUUGCAUUAGUUUUCAUUUUUAGUUUUGUUUUCAUUACCAGCAGCAGGCCACAGCUCUUGAGGAAUCUAUAGAUUUCCCUUUUUAAAGAAAUUUAGGGAGCACAAAUUUGUGCUGCAUGUACUGUAUCCAGGUACAAUGUUAUCUGCUAAUUCAACUCAACCCUAACAGCCUCUCAAGAGCUGUCGCUAAUACUCAGUUGUACCAGACUGACUGGAUUUGCGGUACAGGUGUGAGAAAUUCAUUUUCACUAAAACAGAAUUUGAACUUAUGUUUCCAGAGGCAAAAGAUCAGUGCACCAACCCCCUACACCACAGAGCCCUCUGCCACUCUACAUACUUCUACUACUUUGUAUUAGCCUUUCUCAGACUUUAAAUGAAAAUAUAUUCUUACCUUCAAAUGAUCCAGCAAAAUCAGUAUCUUUUUUUCUCUUGCCUUUUUUACUGACAGACUUGACCUGAUCUUUACUGUUUACAUCUAUUAUCAAAGAAAACCAAAUAGGUCACUAUAAUUUGCACAGUAUAUACUAUAUUUAAAACAUUAACUACGAACACUAACAUGUCCAUUAAGGUACAUCUGCCCCAUUGUUCUGUUGAGCUUGUUCUUAGAAAACAUUAACACCACAACGGACAUACUCAGAUUUUUAAUUUAAAACCCACAGAUCUUGGGAAAUGCCAAGUUAAGUUUUUCAUACCAGCUUUAAAUGCCUCCUUUGCCUACUAUCACAGCAUGGAAGAUAUAUUAAAUAAAGCACUGAUCUCAGCUCCACGAGAUACAAAGUCCAAUGGAAUAAGUUCAAAAGAAACAUUGCAUUAUGUAAAAUGUAUCUAUUUGAUAAGUGUGGUGUAUUAGGGUUGGAAGAAUUAGAUUUUUAUCUGUAAAUGCCAAAUAUUGAUUGUACUGGACAUGCAAACCAAUGAAAAUAUAUUUCUAUUGAUAACACCUAAUGUCAUUAAAGUUACUGUCUCAUCCUUCCCGUGAUUUCCCACAACUGAAAAUUUAAAUCGAUAAAGGCUUUAAAUUGAUCAUCAGUAUUACCUGUUGAAAUUUGAAAAAAAAUUCCACCAACUAAUACAGUAACUCCUCACUUAACAUUGUAGUUACAGUCCUGAAAAAUGCUACUUUAAGUGAAACAAUGUUAAGUCAAUUCAAUUUCCCCAUAAAAAAAAUGUAAAUAGGGGAGGGCUAGGUUCCAGGGAAAUUUUUUUUGCCAGACAAAAGAUUUUAUACAUACAUAUACAUAGUACUGUACACAGCAACGAUGAUUGUGAAGCUUGGUGAGGUGGUGACAUUAGAGCGUAGAAGAGGGUGGGAUAUUUCCCAGGGAAUGCCUUACUGCUAAAUGACGGACUAGCACUUGGCUGAGCCCUCAAGGGUUAUUGUUAAUGUAGCCUCACGCUUUACAAGGCACCACAAAUGGAGGGAGGGGAGAGACACACACACUGUGUGUGUGAGAGAGAGAGAGACAUGCAUUGCACCUUUAAGUACGCUGAUCCUACUACCUUUUUAAGUAGAUCAGCAAGUGGAGACAGCAGCUGCUACCAGCAAGCUCCCUCCGUCCUGAGCCCUGUCAUGUCCCCCACACCUGCUCUGUGGAGAUGGGGGACACCCUGACAUUAGCCUACCCCUUUCCCCCGCACAUCAAGCAGGAGGCUCCCAGGAGCAGCUCCAAGUCAGAGGGCAGGAGCAGCACACAGCAAUGGGGAGAGGGAAAGCUGAACUACGGGCAUUUGAUAGCCUGAUGGGGGGCUGCCCGUCCAUCCUGGUUCCAAGCCCCCACCACCUAGCUCCUAGGGCUGCUCUUUCUGCAAGCAGUGGACAAAGCAGGCGGCUGCCAAACAACAUUAUAAGGGAGCACUGCACAACUUUAAAUGAGCAUGUUCCCUCAUUGAUCAGCAACAAAAUGACAUUAACCGGGAUGACUAUACGUGAGUUACAGUAUAUUAUGCAGUAGUGCCAAUUUGAAAGAGACAUUAAAAUCUAUCUGAAUAGGUUACUUCAGUCCCUGAUAAUACUCCCUGACCUCAACAAGCCAAUACUAUAAACACUCUCUUAAUCUCAUAUGUUUCUUGAAAUUGUGAAGUGGUUUCCAUGUAAACACUCUCUCUGAUAACGUAAUAACCCAUGAUCAGGUUAAGUCACAGCUUCAAAUUUCUUAUAGAAAAAAUUAUUAGGUACAUGAAUUUUUGUUGUUGUGCUAAACAGAAUUACAGGAGUCAAACAGUUACUUAUUAGCCACUAAUUUUAAAAUCAUUAACUGGUCUCAAAUCAAUCAGUGGAAAAAAUUAGUAAAUGUUGAUUCAAAUCAUGCAUAACUAAAACUAGAAUUUGCCAAACAUUGAUUGACUGAUUAUUUUUUCCUUCGUGCCACAUAAUGGUCACUGUGUCAGUUACUUGUGUAAAGACCUGUUUGUUUAUUUGGUCUUUGGAGGUUUUUUGUUCUAUUUUGCGUGUGCAGAGAAUAGUGUAUCUGGUUUGUGAAGUAUUUAAGACCAAGUUUUCAAAGAGGUGUGCUUAAAAUGAGGCUCCUAA